AUGGCGACUAUCCCCAUAACUAUCAAGCACCAAGGCAAAAAGUACAAUGUCGACCUCGACCCUUCUACCAACGGCGAAACUCUCAAGUACCAGCUCUUCUCCUUGACCGGUGUUGAACCUGAUCGCCAAUCCCUUCUCAUCAAGGGUGGAAAACUGAAAGAUGACACUGAUCUUUCCAAACUUAAUGCUAAGCCUGGUCAAAUAUUCACAAUGCUUGGUACUGCAUCCGCCGAAGGCAGCGCCUUGCUCGCCCCAAAGGAGAAGCCUAAGUUCUUCGAGGACAUGACCGAAGCCGAAGCCGCUGCCCAAGAAGGUGCAACACCUGCUGGUCUCCAGAAUCUGGGCAAUACUUGUUACUUGAACUCCGCUCUACAAGUCUUGCGGAGCAUCCCCGAAAUGCAGGAUUCCUUGAAGCUGUACAAGCCUGACCCUACGGCACGGAGCAGCCUUCAAGAUCUCAGUCGCUUUGGUCUGGAUGGCUUGAGCGGCGCGACCGACUUAACUGCUCAACUUCGGGAUCUGUACAAGAGAAUGUCUGAAACGCAAGAAGGAUUUCCUCCACACAUGUUCUUGAAUGCCCUUCGAUCUGCCUACCCCCAGUUCGCUCAAAAGGCCAAAAAUGGUCACGGCUACGCACAACAAGAUGCCGAGGAAGCUUGGUCGCAAAUUCUUCAUCUCUUGCGCCAGAAUCUCAAAAUUACCGAAGGUGAAGCCGAUAGCCAGGGGAAAGUGGCCUUCAUCGAUCGUUAUCUCGCAGGUUCUGUCCAUUCAACCCUGACCCCUCCAGCUGAAGCUGGUGAAAAUGAGCCUGUCGUUGAGACAGAUGACUCAUUUCUCAAACUUGACUGCCACAUCAACAUCACCAUAAAUCAUCUCCGAGACGGCAUCCUGGCUGGUUUGACCGAGGAAAUCGAGAAGCACUCUCCCACACUGGGUCGUGACGCGAUUUAUACCAAGACAUCGAAAAUCACAAGGCUCCCACAGUACCUUACCGUUCAUUUUGUGAGAUUCAACUGGAAGAAAGACAUCAAUAAGAAAGCCAAGAUCAUGCGUAAAGUCACCUUCCCAGAAGAGCUCGAUAUCGUUGAGUUCUGUACGGAUGAGCUGAAAAGUCGACUUAUUCCCGUGCGUGAUAAAAUCCGAAACAUUCGAAAAGAUGAGCAAGACGUCGAGCGUGCGAGGAAGCGACAAAAGCUGGCUCAUAAGCAGGAAGCAGACCGUAAGCAUGACGAAGCCAUGAAGGUGGAAGCAGCCCCAAUCGCAAAGUUAAGAGAGCAAACGGAGAAAAAGGAGUCCAAAGACAAAGUCCCUGAAGGUGGCGACCUCGAUGUUUACAAGACAGAUGUUGAGUACGAAGCAGAACGUGCUCAGUCAAUCAAGCAGGCCAAAAAAGAGUUGUUCUCUGUGAUUGAUCCCGAGCUUGCAGCUGAUGAAGGUGCAAACAAAUCGGGUCUUUACGAAUUACGAGGAGUGAUUACCCAUCAAGGGGCAAGCGCAGACAGCGGGCAUUACACUAGCUUUGUCAAGAAGUCAGGCAAGGUGGUUGACGAUCCCAAAGCGCCUGGUGGCAAGCGUACAGAAGAGGAUGGCAAAUGGUGGUGGUUCAACGAUGACAAGGUUAGCGAGGUGGAGCCUGAAAGAAUCAUCACCCUUGCUGGUGGUGGUGAAAGUGCUUCGGCCCUUAUUCUUCUCUACAAAGCCAUUGAUCUACCAACCAAAGAUGAGGUUGAGGAAGAAAAGUAG